UAGAGUCUAACAUCUAAUAAUGACGGGCUUUGUUUUUUACUUUCGGUUUAAUUUCUAGAAUAUCAUUUUACAAAUUACAUGCAAUCUGAUACCAUUGACAUGUAGAUCUGUAGGACGUUUAAGACAUACUGACUAGAACUUCACCAUGGCAACUUCAUCUGCCUCUGUUAGAUGGCGAGUACAAGGAAAUACUCACUUCUUCAGUGCGAGUACUACAAGUGUCCCUGUUGUACAGAAGGGAAGGUACCAGAAAGCCCUCGCAUGCUACGAGAGUGCUCAUUCAGUAGGAUCUUGUGAUGAAGAUAUUUCCUCCGCUGCUAAAAACGUGGGAGUUACAGCAUGGAAAAUGGCAAAACUGGCUGUUGAUACAGGAGACAAGUGGCCAGUGAUUAAGAUAUAUUUGAAGCAGUCAUUAAAGUAUUUCAACCAUGCCUUCCGGAAAGGUAAAAGUUGCGGGAAAUCAAAUAAAUGGCUUGACAAUAUCAUCGCUCAAUGCAGGGGUUGUUGGGAAGAAAUAGGAAAUGCAACAGAAUCUUUGAAGGAGACUGAUGAAGAAGAUCGUAUUGUAACAAUAAGGGAAUGUAUUGAUUUUAUACCGACCACUGACAUGAAAGCUGAAUGUUUCUUGGCCAUUGCGGAGUUUCAUUUUCACGAUGGGGUAAAGGCUGUGGCCUUAGGAGAUUACAAGAAAUGCUUGUGUAGCAUGCAUGAUUGUUUCUUCCCACUGGCGGAGGCACUAAAAUAUGGCCAGGGUGAGGAGAGAAUUCGGAAAGAACAUUCUGUACUGGAAACAGAUGUUAUGCUUAACAGAGCAUUGGCAGAGUCAAUGCAAUCCAGACAAACAGGUGAUGUGUUAUUAGAAAAAGUUCUAAAGGAUGAGGAAAUGUUGAACAUUGACAUGGUUUGGGAGAUCAUUGACUGGUACAAGAAUGCUAUUCUAAGGGCACGGGAUGUAGAUAUGAAACAGGAGGCCAUGGCACUCUACAAGAUUGGCUUGGUUUAUGAUAAAGUAUUCAAAGUGAAAUUCCGAGCAAAAACUUACUUGAAGAAAGCUCUGGAGCUUGCUCAGUCUAUGACCCCUCGAAAUUUUACCACAGAAGAAUGGUUCAAAGAUUGUACUUCCAUCCUUGAGAGGUACCAGCAGGAAACAGUUCAGUAUGAGCAAGAAAAAGACAACAAACUCAAGGAAGAAGCCAGGAAAAAGCUUAAACCGGAGAUUGAUGAACUGGACAAGCACGAAACUGACACCGUCUUAGAAUUCCUUCGAUUCGUGUACAAGAAGUAUCCACGAAAGAAUGCUGCUCACAAACUUGAUGUGACAGAUGAUACGAAGCAAUUGGAAUUUGACCAGAGGUAUAAAUUACUUCAGAAAGCUGUCAUACAUUUUCAUCCUGACAGAGUAGUGGCGGAGGAAGAGGGACUAGAGGCGAAGCUGUUGAGUGAAGAGAUUACAAAACGUUUAACAAAGAGAUACGAGAACAUAAAAUCUCAGAAGUGAAGGAAGCAAAAAAGGGUUGUCACAAAGCAUUUUGGAAUAGGAUCAGAAUGUUCAUUGAAACUGUAUAUUAUAUCUUUAUAAAGAAUUGGACAAAAAUAUUCAUAACAUCUUAUAUUUUUAAACUGGAAAGAAAUAGCAGACUUUUAAUGAUAAAGAUUCGAGAAAGAUACUGUGUGGAGAUGAAACUCAAAUUUUAGUAGUAAAUGUAAGAAAGGUUGUGCUUGAGAUUUGAUUGAGCUUCAUUUCAUUUUAUACCAAUAAUACUCAUAUUGAGUCACUUUUUUCACUGAAAAGAAAUGUGCAAGUUGACUGAUUUAGAUUUGAGAAAGAAACUUGGUGAAAUGGAAACUCAGGAAUAAAGACAUACUUUUCAGAAAUCUUUUCAAGAGAUUGUUACAUAUUGAUAUGUUUUACUUUUUUUUUUUUUUUCUAGCAUGUAGUGGUUAGUGUUCAAUAUCCUCAGUACAUUUGCAUUUAACAGUAUGAAUAUAGGUACAAUCUUGUUCACAUACAUGUACAUCACAUGUUUUAUUUUUAGCUUGUCUGUUUUGAAGAGUAAAAGUCCAGCUAUAAUGAUCACUUUGAAGGUCGUUCAAAAACUUUAUUGAAACUUGGAAUGCUUCCUUAUCAUAACAAUAUGCAGUUGUUAGACAAGUGGCAUUAUUCUGAAAGCAAUAUUUUUGGAGUUAUGUCCCUUUUUAGUCCCCUACCGGUUUACCGGAGGGGACUUUAGGUUUACCGUCCGUCUGUCUGUCCGUCCGUCCACAAAACUGGAUCCCGCGAUAACUUGAAAAGUACUGAAAAUAUUUUUAUGAAACUUGGUAUAUCGAUAGAUGGCAGUAUGGAGAUUAUGCACGUCUUUUUCUUUUCUUCCUAUGUUGAAAAUUCUGGUUGCUAUGGCAACAAAAAGGCUGAAAAUAUGGCAAAUUUUACACAUAAACUGGAUCCAGUGAUAACACAAAAAGUACAAGAAAUAUUUUUAUGAAACUUGAUAUAUGGAUAGAAGGCAGUAUGGAGAUUAUGCACGUCUUUUUCUUUUCUUCCUAUGUUGAAAAUUCUGGUUGCUAUGGCAACAGAUAGACUGAAAGUAUGGUCAAUUUUACACAUAAACUGAAUCCAGUGAUAACUCAAAAAGUACUGGAAAUAUUUUUAUGAAACUCAAAAAGUACUGGAAAUAUUUUUAUGAAACUUGACAUAUGGGUAGAUGGCAGUCUUGAGAUUAUGCAUGUCUUAUCUGUUCUUCCUAUUUUGAAAAAUAUUGGUUGCCUUGGCAACAAAUAGGCUUAAAACUUGGCAAAUAUAACAAUAUUUGUGAUUAGUCAAAAAGAGCUGGAAAAAUUUAUGAAAUUGCAUCUUUAAUUCAAGAGUUAUCUCCUCUUUAAGAAUUUUGCUUUUAAAAUGUUAUAUUUUGGUAACAGGGAUGUUUCAAAUAUUAACUUUAGAGUGUCCUUCAAUCCGUCUGUCUGUCUGUUCAUAAAAACUGUUUCUUUUUAUCACUUUAAAAGAACUUUUCCAACAAAUUUACUUAAAAUAGAGAAAAAUUGAAACAUUAGUGAAUGGCCAAUGGCCCUUUAGAAUGUUGAUGGGGGUUCUAACCGGUAGGGGACUUAUGCAUUGCUUGCAAUACUAUGAUAAUUGCUUGUUUACUUUAGACGAGCACUGACACAUCAUAAAGUGCUCUUGUUUAGUUUCUAUUUUUACAGUUAACUGAAAGUCAUUUUAUGUUUGGGUUAUCUGAAAUAAUGUGUUUUAAAAAUGGCAAAAAGAUAUUGAAUUAGAAUAAGCAGCAUCCCUUUAAGCAUUUAGGGUCACCCAAUUUACUACACGUUGUAUCCCAUUUAGUAUCAUUCCUCUAUGCAUGGGACAAAGAGCUUAGAUAUUGGGUAUGAGGCAAUUAGUAAUCGACCUUGACCAAACAUAACAUAAAUAAUGGCCCUGGGGUCUGUCCAUUCCAAUGCAGAAACUUCUGUUACUUAGUCUCCUACUAAAAAAGAUGAAAAUUUAAAGUGUUCUUUACUGAAACUAAAAACGCAUUGAACCUGUGUAAGAUAUUUGAUUAGUAGAGGAAGAAUUAUCAAGUAGGAUACUACAAAAGGUAUAUAAAUCAUGGCACAAGAGUCCAAAAUUGUAGUUACCAUGGAAACUUUUUCUUUGUCUCCACUUUUCCAUUAAAACCGAUGAUCACCUAAGGCAUACAUGGAACAGUUGUUGGAAAAAUGUUCUUCACUAGAUUGUAUAGGCAUAUUUUAUGACUAUGUUCUUAAUCGCAAACAUUUUCUCCUGUGUUUUGAAUCCCCCAGGCUUCACCACAUAUAUUUCUUUUAAAAUCUAGUCAAAAACUCUUGAUUGGUUGAUUUCCUUUAAUAAUUAUGAAUCGACCAAUGGUUGCUCUUAUUUUAUGUUUGUUUUCUUAUGAUCUACAUUGUAAAUACUGUUCUUUUUAUAUUUUGUUAUUUAGUUGUGUUUCUCUAUAUUUUAUCGCUUUUAAUUGUUUCAUUUAUGUUUUGUUUGCAUAUACUUCAUAAUUAGUAAUAGACUAAUAGUUAUGUUAAAAUUUGAUAAUGCUCUUAAAAAUCUUGUACAUGUAUGUGCUAUAAAUACAUAAUUUUAUGAUGAUACAUACUCCCUAGCAUUUAUUCAGUUUUCCUUUUUUCCCAUUUUUAGCUCACCUGUCACAAAGUGACAGGGUGAGCUUUUGUGAUCGCUUUUCGUCCGGCGUCCGUCCGUCCGUAAACUUUUGCUUCAAAUGACAUCUCCUCAUAAACCACUAAGCCAAUUUCAUCCAAACUUCACAGGAAUGUUCCUUUGGUGGUCACCUUUAAAAAUUGUUCAAAGAAUUUAAUUCCAUGCAGAACUCUGGUUGCCAUGGCAACGGAAAGAAAAAACUUUAAAUAUCUUCUUUUAAAGAACCCAAAAAGCUAGAGCUUAGAUAUUUGGCAUGAAACAUCUUCUAAUGAGUGUCUACCAAGUUUGUUCAAAUAAAAGCCCUGGAGUCAAAAUUGGCCCCGCCCCGGGGGUCAUUGAUUUUCCUUAUAUGUGUAUAGCAAAAACUUAAAAAACCUUCUUUGAAAAAAUCCCAAAUAGCUAGAGUUAAGAUAUUAAGCAUGAAACAUCUUCUAGUAAGUGUCUACAAAGUUUGUUCAAAUUAAAGCCCUGGGGUCAAAAUUGGCCCCGCCCCGGGGGUCAUUGAAUUCCUUAUAUGUGUAUAGCAAAAACUUAAAAAAUCUUCUUUGAAAAAACCAAAUUAGCUAGAGUUUAAAUAAUAAGCAAUAUGAAACAUCUUCUAAUAAGUGUCUACAAAGUUUGUUCAAAUAAAAGCCCUGGGAUCAAAACUGCCCCCGCCCCAGGGGUGUCAUUGUUUUUAACUAUAUGUGUAUAGUAAAAACUUAAAAAAUCUUCUUUUAAAAAACCCAAUGAGCUAGAGCUUAGAUGUUUAGCAUGAAACAUCUUCUUAUGGGUGUCUACCAAUUUUGUUCAAAUAAAAGCCCUUGGGUUAAAAUUAACUCUGCGGGGGGGGGGGGGGGGGGGGGGAGAAGGUCAUUGUUUUUCCUUAUAUGUGUAUAGCAAAAAACUUAACAUCAUGAAACAUCUUCUAAUGGGUGUCUUAAUUCCAAGUUUGUUCAAAUAAAAGCGCUGGGGUUUAAACUGGCCGCUUCGGGGGCCUAUAUACAGGUGAGCGACCUCAGGGCCAUCAUGGCCCUCUUGUUUAAAGAUCUCCCAAGUUUUCCUUCUUUUUUCAUAAACAUAAAAAAAUAUAGGUCCAGUUCAAAUGUGGCUUCAGACAACUUAUUUUUCAAAUAGUUAAAGUGGCGGGUGUGAACAGGGGUCUUUCAAAUUCUAUUUGAAAGACCCUGGUGUUAAUCACCUUAAGUGAUAGUUCUAGUUAACUUUGGUAAUACUAAAAACUUUGAAAUAAAAACAAUCACGGGUAUAGGUAAAGAGAUAAUAGUUUAAUUUUGUUUUCAAUUUAAAUAUUUUCACAUCAACUUUAUUAAUAGAUUAAACAAUUUAUUAUUUUAUCCCUUGCCCAGACUUAGAGUAAACCUUAAAUCAUGUGUCUAUACAGAGUUAUCUUAUAUUGUUAUAGUACUGUAGUAUAAAACUGUUCAUUUUUUACAUCUUAAAUGGUGCUUAUGUGUAUAUAUCAUUAAAAAUCAGUCAAUAA